GUGGCGGGAAAUGUUGUGCGCCGCCGGGAUGAGACCGGUCCAGCUAAGCCAGUUCGCUGACUUUCAAGCUGAGUGCUUACUGGAGAAGGCGCAGGUCAGAGGGUUCCACGUGGCUAAACGACAGGGAGAGUUGGUGCUGUGCUGGCAUGGGAGGGCACUCGUUGCCACGUCAGCGUGGCGCUUUUAGAUAACCGUAUUAUAGACUUGUUUGGUUUAACAAUGAUAUAGAAUCGAAUUUCGGUUUAUCACUUUUUCCCUUUAAUUUUAAAUAAAUAAAUAAGCUAGUAAUAAUAUCGUCAAGACACUGGUUAAACUAGAGUCUUCAAAUCGUUCAUAAGCCCUAUUCAGAACAGGGGAAAGUGUGUAAAAAACAGAGUUUGUCAAUCUGCUUCAUAUAUUCCAAUCCAUGGCGCUUAUCGGAUCCGGCUUAGCCAGUGAGGUAGGGUUACGUGUACUGCUUUCUCCACUUGGUUCCAACAUCGUACUUCGUACAGCAUGCUGUUCCGUUGGCAUAGGGUUGCCUGUAUACUCCACUUUCAAGGCAAUUGAGAAUAGAGAUCAGAAUGAACAACAUAAAUGGCUUACUUACUGGGCAGCUUAUGGUUCUUUCAGCCUUGUUGAAGUGUUCACGGACAAACUCAUCUCUUGGUUUCCGCUAUAUUAUCAUGUGAAGUUUGCGUUCCUCGUCUGGCUUCAACUUCCCACCGUAGAUGGAGCGAAACAAAUAUAUAACAACCACCUUCGCCCUUUCCUAACACGACACCAAGUUAGACUGGAUGGACUCGUGAAUGGAGUAUAUGAGCAAAUGCAUUUGCAGGUCAAGGUCAUUAGGUCACACCAAGGAGAGAUACGUUUUGUGCGAUCAAUGAUUAUCAGAAUCUUGGGAUCAGUCAAUGAAGUUGCAUCACCAAGCCAACGACAAGGAGAAAUCUCAAACACUAGCCCUGAACCAGAAUCUGAAUCCGAUCAUGAAGACUAAUAGAACAACAAAUGUAUUCAUAGCUUUGCAGCUUUUAAACACUUAUGUCAAACGAUUGUAAUGGUCACGUAAAUCUCGAAUUACUUUUAGAGUGGUAAAACAAAUAAGUGUUGAAAAAUCCCUAUAAUCCGUUAUAAAGCAGCUCCAUGUUUCCUCA